GGGAUCAUAUUUUGUAUGUAUGUGUGCUUAAUUAUUUGGUAUCUUAUUAGCUAAGCAUGGAGUUUUCUAUGGGGAUGUGGCUGGCUUUGGUUUUGGGAGGUUUGCCACUACUGGGGCUGUUCUUGUGGUGGUGGAAUGAGCUUUGGUAUGUGCUUCCUCUAAAACUACAACACUUAGCUACCACCACCGGCGGCAAACUUCCGCCCGGUCACAUGGGGUUUCCAUUUUUAGGUGAAAUGAUCACCUUCCUAUACUACUUUAAAAUUCUUCGCCGUCCAGAUGAAUUUAUCAAUGCUAAGCGGUCCAAGUACGGUGACGGAGCAGGGAUGUAUAGAAGCCACCUCUUUGGAUCACCCUGCAUCAUAACAUGCUUCCCAGCGGUGAACAAAUUUGUACUUCAAUCAUUGGAUACUUUCAUCCUAGAUUGGCCCACCGUUGAUCUUAUGGGUCGUAGUUCGUUGGUGGCAGUUCAUGGAAAGCCUCAUGCAAGGCUUAGAAGUUACGUUACAAAUGCAAUUAAUCAGCCAGACGCUCUCAGGCGAGUUGCUCUCUUCGUUCAACCCCGCAUGGUGGCUGUACUUCAGUCAUGGGCUCUGAAGGGUAGAAUCAAAGCAUAUGAUGAAACUAAGAAGCUAACAUUCGAAAAUAUUGGACAACUAUUCCUAAGUUUGGAGCCGGGACCUCUCCUCGACACCGUUGAUAAGUUAUUUGACGGAUUGGUGAAAGGAGUUAGAGCUCAACCAUUCAACAUUCCUGGAUUUGCCUUUCACCAUGCUCUUCAGUGUAGGAAGAAGCUUGAGGCGAUUUUCGGGUCGGAGCUAGAGAAGAGAAAAAACCGAAAAGAAGUGGUGACAAAUGAUCUAAUGGAUGGCCUUAUGCAAAUCAAAGAUGAUGAUGAAGGAGAUAAACUAAGUGACCAAGAGGUGAUAGAGAACAUUGUGAGCCUUGUUGUUGGUGGAUAUGUUUCUACUUCCCUUGCAUCAAUGUGGGCUAUAUAUUAUCUUGCUAAAUUCCCUACCGUUCUAGAAAAGCUUCGGGAGGAGAAUUUGGCUAUAAGUCAGACCAAGACAGGAGAUUUUAUUACAAGUGAAGAUGUUUCAAAAAUGAAAUACACAAACAAGGUGGUGGAAGAAACAAUAAGAAUGGCCAACAUUGCACAGAUUCUCUUCCGAUUGGCUACCAAGGAAGCUGAGUAUAAAGGUUAUAAAAUCCCCAAGGGUUGGCAUGUGAUUCUUUGGGUUCGAUAUCUGCACACAAAUCCAGAGAACUUUGAUGAUCCCAUGUGCUUUAACCCAGAUAGAUGGAAUGAACCAGCUAAACCUGGAACGUACCAAGUUUUUGGUGGUGGGCUAAGAAUAUGUGCUGGGAACAUGCUUGUUAGGAUUCAACUUGCAAUCUUGUUACAUCAUUUGUCUACAGGAUACAAGUGGGAAUUGCUCAAUCCAGAUGCAGAACUGAUUUAUCUUUCACAUCCAAGACCAGUUGAUGGGGUUGAAAUCACAUUUAACAAAAUUUAGACAUCGCUUUUUUCACACGUACAAUGUCACCUUUCCCCAACCCUGUGCAAUUACAUAUGUUUAUCUGUGAAUUGUGUGCGAUUUAAUAAAUUAUGUACUUGGAUAUUAUAAGUGUUUUUUGCUAAUGUAUGUGCCUUAAGCUCUCUCGUACGUGUACGUAUCUUGCAGAAUAAUUUUUUUUU